AUGACAAUAUAACAGUACUGACUCAGUAACUAAAUUAUCAACAUGAGUUUUCAAAACAAGGUUGUUAUUGUGACUGGCAGCAGCUCUGGUAUUGGAGCAGCCAUCGCCAUCAAAUUCGCAGAAGAAGGCGCUAAGGUCGCUAUAGUAGGAAGAAACCAGGAGAAACUGAACAAUGUCGCUAAGAAAUGUGGCAAACCUUUAGUACUCGUAGCUGACGUUACUAAAGAAGAAGACAUUAAAAGAAUUAUUGAUGAGACUUUGAGAGUAUUUGGCAAACUCGAUAUUCUAGUGAACAAUGCUGGCAUCGCAAAUCCAGCCCGUAUUCAAUCUGAAGACGCAAUGGCAGUAUUUGACAAGGUAAUGACUACAAACCUCCGCUCAGCGGUUUACUUAACUCAUCUUGCUGCUCCUCACCUUGUGAAGACAAAAGGGAAUAUUGUGAACAUAUCAAGCGUUGCUGCCCGCCGAAUAUUUUCGAAGGACAUGUUUGCAUACAGUGCAGCGAAGGCGGGUCUGGAUCACUUUACUAGAGCUGUGGCACUUGAGCUAGCAUCAAGCGGUGUUCGCGUAAAUACCAUCAAUCCAGGACCUGUUGUGACUAACUUAAUGGAAAACAUUGGAAAAACGAAGGAACAGCAAGCAGCUUUUUUCAAAGAAUUUGAGAAUACAAUGCCUCUCAAAAGGGUCUCAAUCCCAGAAGAAAUUGGUGAUCUAGUGUUAUUUUUGGCGAGUGACAAAGCUAGAGCGAUUACUGGUUCUAAUUUUGUGUGUGACAAUGGUGCUAUGCUAUCAGCUGUACUUCUGGAAAUCUUAGAGCCUAAGCAAGCGUAAAUAAUUUUUCACAGAAUUACUAUGACUUAAGAACGACUGCACGAAAUCGGGCUUUGUUUUUAUAAUAAAUAAAUUAUAUUUCCGUUGA